CCCCAUCCAGGAAGUGGUUGUUCACGUGUCCCAGAAUUGUUUUUUUUUCUACAGUACUGCUCCUAAAAUAUUACCUUUAUAUUUCAAUACACACUUUAAAACAAAAGCUUUUACAUAAGUUUCAGUCUGUAUUGUAAUUCUCUGUAUUCUGUGUUAUAGCAGCGGCCAUGGAGUUUCCAGAAGGCUUUAACCAACUGGAGCUGUUAGAAUCGCACGGCCACAUGAUCCCAGUGGGGAUGGAGAGCGCCUGGGAUGAGGAGGAGGAGGAUAGUGAAGAUGAUGACAGCCAGCACAGUGAGGAGUGGUUCCAGCAACAGGAACUAAAACGUAAAGACAAUCCAGAGGAGCUGAUGCUCUGGGCUGCAGAGAAGAACCGAUUGUCCACAGUGCAGCAUCUGGCUGUAUCCGAUCCAUCCCUCGUUAACUGCCAUGACGACGACGGCUACACACCUCUCCACCGCGCUUCAUACAGUGGCCACACUCUCAUCGUGUCCUUCCUCCUGGACUCGGGCGCAGAUCUUCACGCCAGGACAGUGGAUGGCUGGACGCCUUUGCACAGCGCCUCCCACUGGGGACACACCGCUAUUGUAUCAAAUCUCCUGCACCGGGGGUCAGAUGUUAAUGCCAUGACAAAUGGUCAGCUUACACCUCUGCAGCUGGCGGCGGGAAACCCUGCAGCACCGCAGACCCUAGAGCUCCUACUGUCUCAGCGCACCCUGCAGGCAGGUCUGAGGAACAGUGCUGGGGAGAUGGCCUAUGACAUCGCACUUAGGAAAACGGCACACUACGGCUUGUUUGAGAUCACAGAGCCCUGCAACAAUGUCUACUGAGAGUUUCCAGACAAAACAGAGAAAGCAAGACAUCUGAGGAGGAAAGACAGAAACAGACAGAAAUGUUGCUCAUUAUUACCAGAGAUGUACCUUCACUGAUAUACACAUUAAUCUCAUUCCCAUCUCCUUUACUCAAGGAGUUCAAUGGUAGCAGAUACAGAAGAACAGCCAAUGGAAAGGGAACACAGGAACAUCUCUCUUGUUCCUGUGUGAUGUGUCUGGAAGAUUAGGGCCACUAGUAAUCAUCAACAUAGACAAUCCAACCAAAUGAAAAUAAAAGCUGUAAAUAACAUGGAAAUAGACCAGACUUUAAUGUGAUUAAAACUGUCUGCUAGUGCAGGAACACACACACACACACACACACACAAAUUCAGGAAACAAACAAAGAAAAAAUAAAAUUUUCAGCUAUGUCACUAAUCUAUUAAAACCUUUUUAAUUUUUCAUUAUUCGCUUCGUCAGUAUUGGUGUGAUGUGAUUGUGAUGGUGUUAAGGUGAUCUGGUGUGUUGUAAUUAUAUGAUGUGAGGUGUGGUGUUAUUGUAUAAUGUGGUGGUGUGAUGUGAUGAACAUACAGUAUUUAUACUGCCUGCCGCUGUUUCUGUUUAUUGUCUUUUGUGUAGUGUCUUUGUUGUAUUUUUUGUAUUGUCUUUUGUGUAUAGUCUUGUAAUGUAUGUCUUUUGUUCUGCACUGUCUUGUUUGUCUUGUUUGUCUUGUCCUGCAUUGUUUGCACCAGGUUGCACAGAUGCACUUUGUGGCUAAGAUUUAGUGACCAAUUCCCUAGCUCUGUCUUUGUUUUGUGUAGCACCACAAUCCUGGAGAAACGUUGUCUCAUUUCACAGUGUACUGCAACAGCUAUAUAUGGUUGAAAUGACAAUAAAAAGCUACUUGACUUGA